AACGAAACUAAACUAAUCGUAUUGGUUAAUGUCACUUGGUACAUCCAAGUCAGACGACCAGCAUAUAAGUAGUGUGAGACUGUUCGACCAAAGUGUCAGGAGGAUUCGUUGAUUCUGUCGACCAAGAGCAUGAAAGGCUCGAUCACAUUGCUCCUUGAGUUGAUACUGUUAUGGGGCAUUUUUGGCCAAGGUACUGGACUGUCGUUGAUAAAAAACGAGAACGAUAUUGGAAUCCCAAACCAAAAGGAAGCAGCUUCUGAUGGCUUCGAAAAAGAUGGUGAUGAAUCGACUUUCCUGGCAUCGGAAUUCCCGGGUCAUACCACUGAUGAAGAUACUCAGGAACCUACCAGUGCUGCGGAUGUAACCGAGUCGCAUCCAACUGUUUUACAGGAGGCUGAGGAGAACGGCCCAAGCCAAGGAGAAAGCCCCAGUGACCAGCUUCAAGAUGGUGAACACACAACUGAAAAUGUGCCGGCAUCUCAAGGAACUGAAGAAGAUUCAAGCACUGUUCACCAGACGGAAGUUGUCAGUCCAAUCCAAGAAGAGGAUUCAACCGUCCAUGUUGAGGCUGACCAAGACACAACUGAAAAUGUGCCGGCAUCUCAAGGAACUGAAGAAGAUUCAAGCACUGUUCACCAGACGGAAGUUGUCAGUCCAAUCCAAGAAGAGGAUUCAACCGUCCAUGUUGAGGUUGACCAAGACGCUACCGAAAUUUUACACGGUUCGGUUGAGAUCAACGAGAUACCAACAAGACCACAGCUGGAUGAAAAUGAAAGCUGCCGUCAGGACGAAGGUCCCAUUUUCCAUGAUCUGAGCUACGGAUUUUCUGGACAAGAUACCCAGGAAACCAAGGUCACCGAUAUGCAAUACAAAGUAACAUCCAAAUCUGAGAAAACAGAACAUCCUGAUUCCGGCAUGCAACACGAUGCCGAUGAACAAGAUGUCGAAUCCGCAAGUCCGGCUAGCCAGCAACCCUUCCUGAGUUUGUUGGUCCUUCCACUGGCCGUGUUGAUUAUUUGAGCAACAAUGCUUUUUACCUUCGCCGAAUUGACUUUAUUGUGUCAAAAACAAGCAGUCCAAGAACUCUUGUUUAGAUCAAACCUGCCAGUUAGAUCCAAAGAACUGGCACAGCUGGGCACUAUUUUGUAAAAGAGCUUAUAUUUUACCCCAUCACAUACUGCGACUGUUCAAUAACGAUUCCAAGUUCCAUACACUGUCAAAUACAUUACUGUGAUGUCCACCUGAGACGUACACACUUUUCACUCGCCUUUCUGGACAUUGUCAGUUCGUGAAAAACAUUGACCAGUUUGGAAUCUGUCAAACGCUGUACUGUAAACAUAUUGUCACAAGUGUAUCCAACCCUCGAAAAUCUUUACCAGCCAUGUUUUAGAAUAUCUGAGGUACCGGGUGUAACCUGGUCGUUUCGCAGUUGUCAUGUCAUUGAACAAGUAAACUACCUAAGAGUAAACAGAUGAAU